AUGUUUUUAGAAUCAACUAUCAAAGAGAGAACACCAACAUUCAUAUCCGAAACUACCCACCAAUGUGCCAACAGAGAAUAUAUUUCCAGUCUCUCGGUUUGUGAUGGGAUCUCUGAUUGCUCUGAUGCUUCAGACGAGGUUGGCUGUGGUAAGUGUGUAUGUAAUGACGCUAGCUACAGAUGUGAGAAUGGUAAAUGUAUUCCGAUAAUGUUUUACUGUAACUUUAAAGACGACUGUGGAGACGGCUCCGAUGAACUUCUUUGUGUUGCUAGGAACUGUAGUUCAGAAGAAUGGCGCUGUGAGAACGGAGAGUGUAUUGAGAGAAACAGGCGGUGUAACAUGAUUGUUGACUGUUUGGAUUCUUCUGAUGAAAUCAACUGUGAUCAAUGUUCACCCGACUCGUUCCAGUGUUACGAUGGAAAGUGCAUCACUAAAGCCAUGUUUUGUGACGGUCAAGUCGAUUGCUCCGGUAACUAUCGUGAAGAUGAACCAACCGACUGCUUGAAGAAGUGUCCACCAGGUUAUAUGAAAUGUAGAAACAGUUACUGUAUACAUAUAUCAUUGGUGUGCAAUGGUAAAAGAGACUGUGUGGAUAACCAAGACGAGGACGAAGCGUUCUGUGGUAAUUGGACGUGUCCAGGAUUCUACCGUUGUAAAGAUUCAACAGUUUGUUUGGAAAUGGAACAAGUCUGCGACGGUCGACAAAAC